AUGUUUACUUCCCCCUCCAUCGUCUUUGUGCUGCUCAGCUUCCUCGCUGGCGCCAAUGCGUGUUUACAGUGCCCAUCCCUAUUGGAGGUUGACGGUUGUACCUCGCACCUAUCCGCGACCUACCCAGACGACCACGUCACAUUGUGCUUUUACCAUGAUGCCAAGUUGCCUGGCAAUGACUCAAAAGUGGGCUGUUCGUAUAACACCACGCCCAGGACAUUCGAGGCUAUCCGCCUCCACACCUCCGUCAAGGCUGCAGCAAGAAUGCUCCCUGUUAUCAUUCGCGCCUUCCUCGACAAUAUAUCCUCCCCUGCGCCUCUGCUCAUGGCCCCAACCCGUAUCCCCACGGCUCUCAAAAUGCGUGACCUCGCCUCAAAUCGGUAUACCGAUCCCCCAAAAUCUGGCUGCUAG